CCCUACACAGUCGAUCUGGAUCCGGCAUUAGCCCAUGACAUUGCACCACAUGCCUCCAAAUCAUUACGUGAGGCUUUAAAUUUCCCAAUCGACUCGAAUAAUCCUCGUCAUAUCCUCCCUCCUCUCUGUCCGUCUCUUCUGCUUUUAACAAAAAAAGUAAUGGUGUUCGAGGUAUCGCGAGUGUCUACUACCCCUUUCGAUGGCCAGAAACCUGGAACUUCUGGCCUUCGCAAGAAGGUGAAAGUGUUCACGCAGCCUAAUUACUUGCAUAAUUUUGUUCAGUCAACAUUCGAUGCCCUGACUGCAGAGAAAGUUAGAGGUGCUACUCUGGUUGUUUCUGGUGAUGGCCGCUAUUUCUCAAAGGAUGCCAUUCAGAUUAUUAUUAAGAUGUCAGCUGCAAAUGGUGUGCGGCGUGUUUGGGUUGGUCAGAAUGGAUUACUUUCAACUCCUGCUGUGUCAGCUGUAAUUCGUGAAAAAGUAGGGUUAGAUGGAUCCAAAGCAACUGGAGCAUUUAUAUUGACUGCAAGUCAUAAUCCAGGUGGUCCACAUGAGGAUUUUGGAAUAAAAUAUAACAUGGAAAAUGGUGGACCUGCUCCUGAGGGGAUCACAGAUAAGAUUUAUGAGAACACAAAAACAAUAAAGGAGUAUUUAAUUUCUGAUCUCCCUGAUGUCGACAUCAGUGCAAUUGGUGUAACUAAUUUUAGUGGGCCUGAGGGACAAUUUGAUGUUGACGUUUUUGACUCGGCAGACGACUAUGUGAAGUUGAUGAAGUCUAUAUUUGACUUUGAGUCCAUCAAAAAGCUGAUUUCAUCUCCCAAUUUCACCUUCUGUUAUGAUGCAUUACAUGGAGUUGCUGGUGCUUAUGCAAAACGUAUCUUUGUGGAGGAGCUUUGUGCGCAAGAGAGCUCAUUAUUGAACUGUGUACCCAAGGAGGACUUUGGAGGGGGGCAUCCAGAUCCAAAUCUUACUUAUGCAAAAGAGUUGGUUGCUCGCAUGGGAUUGGGUAAAUCAAACUCAGAAGUCGAACCACCAGAAUUUGGUGCCGCUGCAGAUGGCGAUGCAGAUCGUAACAUGAUCCUUGGUAAAAGGUUUUUUGUUACUCCAUCAGAUUCUGUUGCUAUCAUUGCUGCCAAUGCAGUUGAAGCUAUACCAUAUUUCUCUGCUGGUCUAAAGGGGGUUGCCAGGAGCAUGCCCACAUCAGCUGCCCUUGAUAUUGUAGCCAAACAUCUGAAUUUAAAGUUCUUUGAGGUUCCUACUGGCUGGAAAUUUUUUGGAAAUUUGAUGGAUGCAGGAUUAUGUUCAGUUUGUGGGGAAGAAAGUUUUGGAACUGGCUCUGAUCAUAUACGCGAGAAGGAUGGAAUCUGGGCAGUUCUGGCUUGGCUAUCUAUUCUGGCUUACAAAAAUAAGGAAAAUCUCAAUGGAGGAAAGCUUGUGAGUGUUGAAGAUAUAGUUCGCAACCAUUGGGCUACUUACGGCCGCCACUAUUAUACUCGAUAUGAUUAUGAGAAUGUUGAUGCUGGUGCAGCAAAGGAACUGAUGGCACACUUGGUCAAGCUGCAAUCUUCUCUUGGUGAAGUUAACGAGAUUGUUAAGGGGAUAAGAUCAGAUGUGGCAAAGGUUGUUCAUGGUGAUGAAUUUGAAUACAAAGAUCCUGUCGACGGCUCCAUCUCAAGUCACCAGGGCAUACGAUAUUUGUUUGAGGAUGGCUCUCGACUGGUUUUCCGUCUCUCAGGAACUGGCUCAGAAGGUGCCACCAUCCGUCUCUACAUUGAGCAGUACGAGAAGGAUUCUUCAAAAACAGGAAGAGAUUCUCAAGAAGCGCUUGCCCCUCUCGUUGAGGUUGCUCUGAAACUUUCCAAGAUGCAGGAAUUCACAGGCCGAUCUGCACCAACUGUUAUCACAUAGAUUCUUGCUGCUACAACGAAAGUUGAGAUUGAAUAUCCUCUGCAAUAUCCAGAAGUAUUGUGUUGACGAGUUAUUAUGUGGUCUUAUGAGACUUAUUUAAAAAGAAAAUAUAGCUUUUUCAAGUAUGUAUCCUAUUGUCUUCUGCAUCCUUGCCAGAGCCAUGAGAGUAUAAUGUGCCAUUAAAACGAGCGGAUAUAAAUUUUUGACGUGCAAAAUAUAUGAAUAUCUUGUUGUUUGGCGAGCUUAAAA